AUGUGAGCCAACCAUUCUUGGUUAUUUCUAUAAAUAGGAAUGGAAAGUAUAGCUUCACCCAGAUAACAGCGAGUAAGAACUAGGAAGCAGAAAAAGAUGUCUCCACCUAUUAAGGUCCUUGGCACUUUCAGCAGCCCAUUCUCCCACCGUGUCGAGGCGGCCCUGCGGCUCAAGGGCGUGCCUUACGAGCUGAUCCAAGAAGACCUUCUCAACAAAAGCGAGCUGUUGCUCAUGCACAACCCCGUCCACAAGAAGAUACCCGUGCUCCUCCAUGGCGACCGGGCUAUCUGCGAGUCCCUCGUCAUUGUUGAGUACGUCGACGAGGCCUUCGACGGGCCGCCCCUCCUGCCGACGGACCCCUACGACCGUGCCAUGGCCCGUUUCUGGGUUGACUUCAUGGACAAUAAGUGCUUCAAGCCGUUCUGGCUGGCACUUUGGACAGAGGGCGAGGUGCAGAAGGGUUUUGUGAAAGAGACCAAGGAGAACCUGGCGCUCUUGGGGGCGCAGCUCAAGGGGAAGAGGUUCUUCGGGGGCGACACCGUCGGCUACCUCGACAUAGCCGCUUGUGUGUUAGCUCCCUGGCUCAGCGUGCUGGAGGAGGUUACUGGAGUAACCUUGGUGGACGACAAUGAGCACCCUGCUCUAUACCAGUGGGCCAAGGAGUACAGUUUCAACCAAGCUUUGAAGCAGUGCUUGCCUGAUAGAGACCAACUCCUUGCCUACUUCACUGCAAACAAGGAGAUGUAUAAAAUGUUCGCCAAUGCAAUGUUGCAGAAGUAAUCGGGUGCAAUGAAUACGUUUGUGCACGUGGAAUAAUCCAGAUAUUUUCUUCUUGAUUUUGUGUAAUAGUUACCAGUGGAAGUGCUUCUAGAUUUCUUCUUUGAACAAUGUAAGGGAGCUAAGUCUAGCUCAGCUGGAUGGAGAUGUGGGUGUACAACCACGCACUUAGGUUCCAACCAUCUUCAACAUAAAUAUAUCUGUACCUUUCUUCUCUAUCAAAUAAAAAGAUUUCUGGUUCCUUCUA